CAAUUUUACGAUAAAUUCCAAGCUUUUGUAUCAAAAAAAGAUGGGAGACGAUCGUUUUGGACCCGGAAAGAACAUCAGCUUCGGCGGAUUCUCCUUCAAAAAGGCGACAAAUUCCUCAAACAACCAAAAAAGUUAUUCCAUGAAUGCCGUUCCUCCGCCGUCAUUUUUGACGGAUUCUCGUUCAAAACCGACGCCAAAAGUGCCCGUUGGUACGCCAGGCUUCUCCAAACAAGGAUAUUCGACGAUGGAUUCCAUCGCUCAGUUCGCCAAUUCGAGCCAUUAUUCCGUAGGGAGCUCCAAAAAGCGUGGUUUAGACGAAGACAGCUACUUUGACGAUGAUGACGCACAAGAAACGCCCGAUUUACCGUAUCAACCAGCGCCAGAUUCGCCGUCAGCUGUUCAAAAGAAGGACGACAGCGACGAAAGCGAAGACGAACUCGAUGCUUUUAUGUCGAUGAUCAACAAACAAGUGGCAAAGGACGAGACAAAGUCAAAAACUGUCGAAAAAGUUGAAGUUUCAGCGUCAAACACGAAAAAGGGAGCUUCCAAUAGCAAAGGAACACGUGCCGACAUCGACGACGAAGACGAUGAAGAGAGUUAUUAUCGUUACAUGGAAGAAAAUCCCCUUGCUGGCGUUUUGGAUCAAGGAUCUGACGACGAAAUGGAGUACGAUGAAGAUGGAAAUCCAAUUGCUCCGCCGCGAAAACGCGAUAUUGAUCCUUUACCGCCUGUGGAUCACUCGGAAAUCGAUUAUCAGCCAUUUGAGAAGAAUUUUUACACGCCUCACGAGGAUAUUGCCAACUUGACGCCGCAACAAGUCAAUGAUUUGCGAAAAACUUUAGGGAUUAAAGUAACUGGACCGCUUCCUCCGCAUCCCGUUUCGAGUUUUGGGCAUUUUGGCUUCGACGAUACCCUCAUAAAAGCCAUCCGAAAGAGCGAAUUUACACAACCGACAGCAAUUCAAGCACAAGCGAUCCCCGCAGCGCUUAAUGGACGCGAUAUAAUUGGAAUUGCAAAGACCGGAAGUGGUAAAACCGCCGCUUUUCUAUGGCCCAUGCUCGUUCAUAUCAUGGAUCAAAAGGAAUUGCAACCAGGCGACGGGCCAAUUGGGCUAAUUCUUGCUCCGACACGCGAAUUAUCGCUCCAAAUCUACAACGAAGCGAAGAAAUUCGGCAAAAUUUAUAAUAUUCACGUCGUUUGCUGCUACGGGGGAGGCAGUAAAUGGGAACAAAGCAAAGAUCUCGAGAAAUGCCCGGAAAUUAUCGUUGCCACGCCGGGUCGAAUGAUCGAUAUGGUCAAGAUGAAAGCGACAAAUUUGCGGCGUGUCACAUAUUUAGUGCUCGAUGAAGCCGACAAGAUGUUCAAUAUGGGUUUCGAGACACAAGUUCGUUCAAUUUGCGAUCAUGUGCGACCCGACAGACAAUGUUUGAUGUUUAGUGCGACUUUUAAGAAGAAAAUUGAGAAAUUAGCCCGUGAUGUCUUGACAGAUCCCGUGAAAAUCGUUCAAGGUGACAUCGGGGAAGCGAACGAGGAUGUUACGCAACACGUCUUGAUCUUCAACGAUCCGCAACGAAAAUGGAAUUGGCUCCUAAAUAAACUCGUGGAAUUCCUCUCAGACGGCACCGUGUUGAUUUUUGUCACAAAAAAGGCGGAAUGCGAACAAGUUGCCAACAGUUUGAUGGUCCAAGAGUACAACGUCGUUUUACUACAUGGCGAUAUGGAACAAGCGGAACGCAACAAAGUCAUCACGAAAUUCAAGAAACGCGAAGCUGAGAUUAUGGUAGCGACUGACGUAGCAGCGCGUGGUUUGGAUAUUCCCCAUAUUCGAACGGUAAUCAACUACGACAUUGCUCGCGAUAUUGACACGCAUACUCAUCGUGUUGGAAGAACAGGUCGAGCAGGCGAAAAAGGCACUGCUUACACUCUCGUCAGUGACAAAGACAAAGAAUUCGUGGGACAUCUCGUGCGAAAUCUCGAAGGAGCGAAUCAGGAAGUGCCCGACGACUUGAUGAAACUCGCGAUGCAGAGUUCGUGGUUCAGAAAAUCUCGUUUUAAGACGGGCAAGGGUAAAAGUUUGAAUGUCGGAGGCGCUGGAUUGGGCUUCAGAGCACGAGUUGUUCCUCAAAACAGUGACAAUCAACCGGCAGCGGGAGUUCCGUAUCAGAAAAGCAGUUCAGCAGGUGGAAAUCCGACAAUGAGUCGUUUGCAAGCGAUGAAGGAAGCGUUCAAGUCGCAGUAUAACUCGCAGUUUAAAGUGAGCAGUGACAGAUCGUGGGAACAAGUACAAGAAGGACCGACUUUUGCGCCGCCAUCGUUGCCUCCGCCUCCUCCAACUUCUUCCAAUAAACAUUCGGCAUCGACAGAAAGUGACACGGGAUCUGCCAAAAAAGCGAGAAAGAGUCGAUGGGAUUAAUUUUUUAUUAUUGAAAAAAAAGUAUUUAAAAAAAAAUUAUGUCCGUUGAGAUGAUUCAAUAGUCGAAAAUGUUUGAAAUUUCUUUAUUUUCAUAUAGGUAUAUUUUGGAAAAAAAAAGAUUUUUUGAAUUUGAGUUUUUAAAAAUUUUGAACAAAAAUAAUAUUAAAAAAAAUAUAAAAAUUUCUGUCAAAUUAUCAAAUUAAAAAA